GCAUCAUGAAAGCGCACCCUUAAUCCAGCGUUCCGUGGGAUUGGGCAGAGGGAGUGGAGUUUGGGUUAGGGAAAAAACACGAUUGGUAGAGUUGAGUCUAACUUGUUGGCUCAGAUAUUUGUGCAGCUACGUCAUCUCUUGCUAACCUCCCCCUCAACGCGUAGCUGUCCAUUGGCACUGGUGCUGAAACUCGACUCUUCUCAAUCCCUCACAGCCGUGCGCGACGGAGUGUCGAGAGUAAAACAUUUGGAUGAUUGUAUUGACUUUAUCGCCAAGUUUAAUACUUUAAUCCAUAUAUUUUUUAGGAGACUCGGUGGAUAUCCAUUGAUUUACUCAGCUUUCAUCAAGAGCGCAUCAAAGAUCCACGUUCUGACCCGGUCAGUUAACGGACUCUUAGAGGCAGAAAGAUGGCUUUUAUGGUGAAACAAAUGGUGGGAGGGCAUGUGAAGAACCUGACCGGGGGUUUGACUGAGGAAAAGCCCGAAGGAGAGAAAUCGGAAGCCGCAGCGGCAGGAAUGACCCAGGAGGAAUUUGAACAAUAUCAACAACAGUUAGAGGAGGAAAAGCAGGAACGAGAUGCUAGUUUUGCCCAGAAGAAAGCUGAGCGGGCAACAGUUAGAAGUCACUUCCGGGACAAAUACAGACUGCCAAAGAAUGAGCUGGAUGACACUCAGAUCCAGCAGGCGGGGGAUGACGUAGAGCUGCCCACAGAGCUAGCCAAGAUGAUCGCUGACGACAACAAGGAGGAGGAGUCCAAAACGUCUGUCCUGGGCCAGCUGACCAACAUCCAGAAUGUGGACAUUGACCAGCUGAAGGACAAGGCCCAGGCCACGCUGGAAGACCUCAAACAGUCCGCUGAGAAGUGCAAUCUCAUGUGAUCUGGCUGGCUGACUGAGUUCCUGCUCUCUCUCUAUCUCUCCCUCCCUUACUCUCUUUCUCUGUACAACAAAGGAUCUAUGUAAGAUAUCAUAUGAUCUAUGACCAUGUACAAACGUUGAUAGUCAUGUUGCUUUGAAUACACACACAUACAGUCAACACUGCCUCACACACAUAAACAUACUGUAGCAUCUUCUGGCCAAGGAAUCAGAGUAAACACUGUCUAAGCUGUAGGGGAAACAGAGUAAUAGUCUUAUGCCAAAGUCCGUUAGCAGAAAACCGUUCAGACAAUGGCACAAAGUAUAUCAAAUAGUAAUAUUAAGUGUGAGACUAAAUAAAACGUCUAUGUCUUGGGACCACAAUCAGUACAUUACAAACCAAGUGUCUGUUGUAUCUAUUGCAGGUGUAAAUGUAUUUGCGGUUAGCCUGUUCUGUUGUCCAUCUAGUCUAUGGUCAUUAACUCGUUGGAGACAGCUCGUGCUCUGUGAUGCCAACACAUCUAACCUUUCAACUCUGGCCUUUAACCUGUCCUCAUAUUGACCUCUAACCCCUGACCUCUCCAUCUCAGUGCUGUUUUGUGCCAGUGGUUUGGUGUCGUUUAGCCGCUAUGAUAUGUCAAGUGCUGUCUUUGAAAGUGUCAUCCUCUGGCUGAGUGCUGGUCAUAGUGUUUAAUAAGUACACAUUACUAUGAACAUAUAUUAACAUAUAUAUGAACAUAUAGUACUUGGUAUGUGUCUGAAUUGUUGUUGUAUCACUAAGUAAAGACGCAGGUGAGAGCGGGAGAGGGGUUUGUCAACCUUAUUUAUAUUACAGUAAUAUACAGUAUAUAUUUCUUCAAUACAGUGGUUCAUGUCUUGUGAUAGUUCAACAGUCCUUUCGUGACAUUACAGUACUUGAAUUUGAAGAAAGGAUGGUGAACAUGCCUUAGUAGCUUCUUUUAUGUGAUAGCUACUUUGUGCUUUCUUGUCAGUUCCAUGAAACAAGACAAACAAGUGUGAAUAUAAUUCAUUCUUACUCAAGUCUUACAGAGCCUGAUCACCUAUACAUAUCUCUCUGUAUUAAAGUGUGUGACCUGCAAUGAUACUUUAAAGCCAACAGCAAGAGCCUCUUUCAUUUCCAGUCACCCUUAUGGGGUGAUUCAGGUUGAUCUCAUGAUAAUAUUUCAGGAAGAGACAUGUUGUUCAUGAUGUUUCUGUUUCCUGUCCACUCUUUGCUUCUUUUACAUCAUCUUUGUUGUUCAGUGCUGUAUGAAUCUUAUUGAUUUUUGACUGACCGUUGAAACCAUAAUAAACAGAUUUUUAUUA